AUGAGAUGGUCCUUGAUUGUUGGGAGACUUCCAGGAAGAACUCCAAAUGAUGUGAAAAACUACUGGAACACCUACAUUCGAAGGAAGGUAUCAUCAUCUCACAAGGUGGUGAUCAAUGAAAAGCAAGAGAAAACAACAGUGAAGCCUCAUGUGGUGAUAAAGCCUAAGGCUCGAACUUUCUCAAGACCUUCACCCUCCGGGUUGAGAGGGAGUAAUGUUCUUAGAGAAGAAGGUGGUGAGAGUGGGGCCAAACACUGCUCAACUCAUCAUCAAGCAUGUGCAGCUUCAUCAGAGUGCAUUAAUAAUUGGAGUACUGAUCAGUGGUGGAAAACUAUGAUGCACGACAAGGGGGACAACUUAGACAACAACCAAUGCUUGUUGGCCUACCAGGAUGAGGUUGGGAAGCUAAAAUUCAUAAUCCUCUUAAGUUAAAUUAUUCGUCUGAUCUUAUAGUUGCACAAAUUUUAUUUUUUAGUUAAUAAACUUAAAUAUCCCUUUUAAUUCUUGU